AUGCCUGCUACCACCGAAAAGCUGAAGGCCGAGACUGGUCUGUCUCGAGCUUCAAGUGUCUCCAAGACCGAGAGUCACUCCGAUGGAGCUGAGAACAAUCACCUUAAGGAACUGCAAAAGUCCCUCCGCAACACCACCAAGAAGCUUAAUGCCUGCACCAAGGUCGAUGCCAUCCUCGCCGAGAACAAAGAUAAGACGCUCGAUGAGCUGGUCGCGGAUAAGAAGAUCAACAGUGACCAGAAGGCCCAAUACGAGCGAAAGGCUUCCCUUCAAGAGGCCGCUGCUCAAAUCGAAGAACAGAUCGCCAUCUACAAGCAGUUUGCUGCCCAGUAUGAGGAGCGUCUGGCGGCUCAGAAAUCUGACUUGACCAAGGAUCGCGAGGAGGAAUUGGAAGCUGUCCGUGCAAACGCUAUCGCCGAUGCUACCGAGGCCGCGAAGAAAGCACUGCGCACUCAGCUCCACACCAUGACCAAGUUCCUGUGUGGUGCCGCCACGAUGCGACGCGACGAGGUGGUCAACACUGAAUCCCAGGCCUUUGAGGGGGUCUUGUACCAGGUCUACGGUGGGAGCCAGGAGUCCGUCAGCAACAUGCUGAAGAUUAUUGAUGGAGUGGAUGAGAAGAUUACUGCUGUGGAGGGCAAUGUGCUGGACUUUACCUACGCGGACCUGAAGCAAGCCUGUGAACGAUUUGCGCCUUCUGAGGAGGGAUCUGAAGCUAGUACCGAGACCAUUCCCGCCUCCGACCCUACUAUUGCCAACGCCGGUUUGACCGAGCUUCAAGACACUGCUUUGACCCACGAUGCGCCUGCCGCCUCCCAAGCCGACCAGCUGGCCCCUCCUGCGCAAACUGUCGUCACCGAUGCUGCCAAUGAGGUCGCGGAGCAGAAUGCCGGCGCUAUUUCCGGAGACAGUGAGUGGGCUGAGGUUCCCCGGAACCCGGCCGAGACCGAGACCGGCCUGCAAGCUACCCCAGCAAGCGCCGAUGCGGGCUUGACCAACGGCUCUGUGGGCGCCGACGCGACUAACGCCGGUGGACAAGAGACCGUGGCGAAGAAAUCUGGUGGCCGUCGCCGCAACCACCGUGCCCCCCGGGACGGACAGCGUGAGGGUCAGCAGGGUCCCCGUGAGGGCCAGAAGCCUCGUGAGGGCCAGGGCAAGCGCGAGGGCUCCAAGGCUCAGCAGGGUGACCAACCCCCUCGCGAGGGACAGCAAGGCCCGCGCGAAGGCCGUGGCCGCGGCGGUCGCUCCCGUGGUGGAGAGGGUCGUGGUCGUGGUGGACGUGGUCGUGGACGUGGUGCCCCUGGUGCUGGCAAUGGCUCUGGUGAUGCCUCUGCCCCUGCCCCUGCCUCUACCUCUCCCAAGUCCACUGAGUAA